AAACGGUUUAUUACUUGAAAAUGUUAAAUUUUUUGUAAAAUGCAAACUGUGUAUCGAUCGCUUUUAUUUUUUAAGAUUUUUGUUUUGACGCAAGAAUUCGAACUCAAUGUGAAUGACAAACAGCGAAGCGUCAACCUAAAUCUAGAAACAGUUUUAGAAUUUAAUCAGAAAGACAAUUCAGCUGAUAUACAAUUCUUAGACAACGUACAAAAGUUUAUAACUAAAGUUAGAAACGUUAUAGACAACAACAAAGUCUCGAGAAGGGACUUCAGAUCUGGUAGGAGCGAGAAUUUGACAGAUUUUAUACAAGACGUCAUUUACAUACUGAAUACUUACGAAGAACCGGACUUCCAAGAUGUCUUCGACAUUCUAGAUGAUGAAAUAAGGAAAUACCAUUACAGAGGAUGUAGGUUUUAUGAGCUCACUGAGAAUGUAGACGUUCGAAAGCUUUUGGCAUCGAAAUUCGAUCUUAUAAGGGCGCAACCAAUUUCCGUCGUCAAAGGAUAUAUUAAUAUGCUAGCGAUGAUCUUGAAAGAGGAGAAAUAUGAUAAAUCUGUUAAAGAAUUAAUGGAUUUUAUUAAUUCUUUAUACAGACAGGAUUCGAGGGAUAAGUUUAGUAAAGUUUUAAUCGCGUUAGAAGAAUUUAAUAAACAGAAAAAGAAAUCUGUUUCCGAUCUUGUAAAGAUUGUCAGAGACGGUGUGCGUUCAAUUAUCUUCGAUCAUUACACAGAUUUGAAUCCAAAUGCUAGGAGAGAAUUGAAAACUAAGAUCGAAGCUUUCUUGAAGCAAUAUAAACAUCAGACAUCCUCAACGACACCUAAUGUCAAUAAAGAAACUGCCAAAACUGAUAAAAGUCCCGAUGUCAUCGUUGAUACGACACCCGAACCAAAAAAACCAGACCCAAAUAUUUUAAAACCACUGAAAAAGGAAGAGAACCUCCAAGCAGCAGACCCUGAACCUAGAAGCGGGAUAGAAGAAGAGGAUAGAGAGGAUAGAGGUAAGAAAGAAGAUUAUAUCGCAGAAGAAGGUGAUGAAGCUAAAGAGAGCGAUCCAAUCAACUCAAGAUACGAUGAUAUCAAGAACGAUGCAUCAGAAUCUCUUGAUGAUAAGAAGGAAUCAGGGAACAUGAGAGAUGGGGUGAAGGAUUCACAAGAGAAGAAUAGAGUUUGGGUCCCAAUGUACACGAAAGGAGAUUCCAAUGAAAACGAGUCGCCAGAAGAGGUCAAAGACGAUGUGACUCAGAAGCAGGUGCCCAGGAGUUACCAGAAGACGACGAAGACGAAUUACAGGACUGGCAGGACCUUCAGCUCUGAUGAGAAGAUAUCUGAGGAUGUGGGGACUGUUGAAGAUAAUUCGUUGGAGUUUCAGGCUGAAGAACAGGCUACUACUACUCAUCAACGAUCAGCAACAAGCGAAUCAGCGCGCUUCAUAACCUUAUGGGAGGAGACAGCUACAGGGGGCAUCCCUCAAUACAUGAUCAACAAAAUGUCCAGCAAGAAACACAAAUCACAUAGAACGCACAAACCGAAACACAAGACGCAUAAAAAGCACAAGAGCCAUAAACAUCACGAGAGCAAGAAGAGCAAGAAGAAGAAACACGGUCACAAGCCUGAGUCCCAUCAUAAUGCUAGAAGCAAGAAGAUGAUCUUCUACAGCGAGCACAACGCUGAUGUGGACGUUGUGAGGUCGACUGCGAUGGAGUUUUAUGAGUAUAAGAAGAUGCUGUCGCCGCCAAAGGGGGUCAGGAUGUCUGUGGUUGGAAACAGUCUGUCUGAAGGUCCCAAUCAGGCUCCAAUACCCAGGGCAUUACAACAAACUACACGAUACGAACCCUUUUUAAGAUUAACCUUAAAAUACCCAACAAAAACCUCACCCAGAACCACGCCACCACCAAAGAAAACCACAAAAAGGACGAUACCAACCCCACAUAAAUUUGAAAAACGAUACCAAGUGCCAUCCAUAUACGCGGGUCCUAAAGACUACAGGAAGUUUGGUCGUACUACCCAGGGGUCGAGUGAAGUAAACUCUUACGAGUUAUUCCGUAAAAACGAGAAAAAAAACAAAAAUACCUAUAACGACUCUUCAGUUGACGUCAUAAAAAGAAUCAAGAAUCUAGAAAGAGAAAUCAAAGAGGUCAAAAUCAAAAUAGGAUCAGCAAAGGCCUUUGAUGAUAGAGAAAAGAAAUACAACACGAAAGAUACGAAAGAUUCUACUAGAGAUAAAGAUAGAAAGCGUUUUAGGAUUCUAAAGAAUUCUUCGGCUGAAGACAAGAAGAAAAAUAAAGUUCCAGAAAAAACAGCUGAUUAUAAUAAUAAAAAACUUAAUAGCUAUGCUGAAAACACGACGGUAAAGACAACUGAAAAGCAAGAAACUACUAAAGAAAUUAAAAGUACUGAAAAUCCUAAUAAACUAUUCAUUCAAAAGAAAACUGAACAUUACAAAUCCGGUAAAGAGGAUCUACGUCGUGAUGAAGGGUCAUUUAAACUUACUAACCAAGAUAUGAAUGCUCUUCCGAACUAUGAUGAAAGGGACGAAUGGAAAGACGCUAUGAAAGUAAUCUCUAAAAAUUCACCUACCAAAUUAACUCCUAAACCACCAACAACAACUACCAUUUCUACCACAGUUUCUACAACGACAACACUCAAGCCUACAACAACAACGAAAAAGCUUGAAGUUUUUAUUCCUAUUUCAAUUACUUCUAAAUCGACUACGAAAGCUGCUACAAUUGAAACUACUACUAAAUCCGUAGACCAUUAUGUUCCUUUAAACGAGAUUUCAUUUAAGAAUACUGAUAAAAGUCUAUCUGCUUUGAAUGUCAGUCCGUUUGCGGCCUCAAACUUCCUAAACUUCAGUGAUAAUAAUGUUGCGAAGGAUAGUGUGCAAAAUGAAGUCAGUUUUCUGCUAAAGAAGAAUAAUAUUAGCGUGCCAACUGAUAAGCCGGAUAAUCUUAUGCCUGAUAUGUUUUCUAUGCCUUAUAAAAGAAGUAGGAAGGAACUGGCGUUUACAACCGCGAAUGACGAAUUUGAUUUGGGGAACAAUACCUCAGAAAAAUCAGGAGUUUUGUUUACGGAUCCCUUCAGGAAUAUAGAAGAUGAACUUGAGUUUUUAAAGUUUUAAAAUGGUAAUAGAUGGCGGUUACGUCGCAAACUUUUAAUUUUAUGCAGUUGAUUCAAUUUUGUCAUUUCAAAUUUAAUUCCUGUUGUCAGUAGAAUCGUGUAUGGUAAACCAGUUAUGUGUAUAAAAAUCAAAUGUGGUUACAAAGCAGCUGUGUUUUAUUUCUACCAUUUAUUGAUCCCUUUUUACGUCAAUACAAUAUCUACGGACUAUAAAGAAAGGCUUGAAAUUUGGGUAAAAUAUCUUUAAGUUGCUGCAAAAUACAGAGAUCAGAA